UAUGACGUAUUAACGUCAUUAGACGUUUCAUAGAGAAAGAGGUCUUUGGUCACAGAGUGGACUUUGUAUUUAAGUCUUUUAUUAGUUCUUUUCAAUUUUAAUUUUUAGUUUUAGAUACUAUAUACACUUUAUUACAAGUUUCUAUUCCUUAUAAUGUUUUCUCCGUGCAGCAGACAAUUUUUGUCUUCUCAGCUUCGUAGACUGCAAAGCACUUUGGUGGUAGCAGAACACAACAAUGAUGCUCUAUUGCCAGUUACCCAGAAUGCACUAAGUGCUGCGAAGAAAAUUGGUGGCGAUAUUUCUGUCUUGGUCGCUGGAACAAAGUGUGGUCCAGCUGCUGAAAAAAUAGCCAAAGCUGGUGGCAUAUCAAAAGUCUUAGUUGCUGAAAGUGAUGCUUUCAAGGGGUUCACAGCAGAAUCAUUGACUCCACUCAUACUGGCCACCCAGAAGCAGUUUAAUUUCACACAUAUAUUGGCACCAGCUACCGCUUUCGGGAAAGCAGUGCUUCCCCGAGUGGCAGCAAAGCUGGAUGUGUCACCCAUAACCGAUAUCAUUGGUGUCAAGGAUGCUAAUACAUUUGUGAGGACAAUCUAUGCAGGUAAUGCAGUCCUCACAUUGGAAGCCAAGGAUCCUAUCAAGGUGAUUACAGUCCGUGGCACCGCCUUUGCCCCUGAACCACUAGAGGGUGGAUCGGCUGCGAUAGAGAAAGCACCUGAGGGGAAUUACAAGACUGAUCUUACGGAGUGGCUGUCGCAAGAACUCACAAAAUCUGAUAGGCCAGAACUUACUACCGCAAAGAACAUUGUUUCUGGGGGCCGUGGUCUAAAGUCUGGUGACAACUUCAAGCUGCUGUACGAUCUAGCCGACAAGUUGAAGGCGGCUGUUGGUGCAUCCCGUGCUGCCGUCGACGCUGGCUUCGUGCCCAAUGACCUUCAGAUUGGACAGACUGGCAAGAUUGUUGCACCUGACCUAUACAUUGCUGUGGGUAUCAGUGGUGCUAUUCAACAUCUUGCUGGAAUGAAGGAUUCCAAGACCAUUGUAGCCAUCAACAAGGAUCCUGAAGCACCCAUUUUCCAGGUAUCAGACUAUGGAUUGGUUGCUGAUUUGUUCAAAGCUGUUCCAGAACUUACAAAUAAGCUGUAAAUUGUAAAAAUAUAUUUUGUGACCUAUUUAGGGUCUUAGUUCUUUUUUUUAUAUAUACAAAUGUUGAUUGUGUAUUAAUAUUACGUAAAAUUGAAUAAAUAAGUAAGAAAUAUUGUUAAAA